GGCCGAAGAUGGGAGGAGGGUGUUCGAGCCCUCUGAGCGGGCGGCAGCGCAGGUACCUGCGAGGGCGCGCAGACGCCACGAUGAAGAACUUCGUGCCCUAUUACCGGAGGCAGCUGGCGACUGCCCUUCUGAGACGGCUCUCGGGGGAGCUGGACCCCCGAGGGAAACCGGCCCUGCAGCUCCUGCCGAGCGAGCUCCGGGGGCCGCCCGACGCCGCUCUGCACGACGGAUUGCUCUCCCGGUACGACGGCGAUUCCUGCAGCUGGCAGGAGAAUUACUUCGUUCUGCUCGGAGAUUUUACCCUGCGGUGGUUCGAAAGCGAAGAGGCAGAGCCAAAGGUGGGCGCGGGGCUGUGCAGAUGCCGCUGCCGGCACGCUCCUGUAAAAGCCGGCCGCUUCCCACCCGCACGGCUGAACAACGGGGUUCUCCGCGCACGGAGGAUCCCUGCACAAAUACAUCCCGCUUCCUUAAAAUUCGCCCCGGUUUACUGCGUUGCGUUGGAUUCCUUUGUUGUUUUAACGGUCGCUGCUCAGCCGCGCGAAAGAGAGCGUAAGAAUGGUCCUGCUGGGACAGACCGUAGGCCCGCUACCCCCGAUUUCCAAGGAGACGGGAGAUGAGGGUGAAGAACGAGGCUCGCGUGCAGCGGUGUCUUCCCAGCUGGUGCGCCGACAGUCGAGACCCAAAAGCCAGAAGUUUUCUUGAGACCUCCAGGUUUAAGAGCCGUGAUUUGACGGCAGUCGGUGCCGUAUGGCGAAAGCUGGGUUGUUGUACGUCUGCGUUUCAAGGACCUGCUUUCGUUACUGCGUGAAGUUUUCU